AUGAUGAGUAGCCAUGAGGUAAACGUCGCUGCUGCGGUGGCGGCCGUGGUGCACUUCACCACCCACCGCGACACCGCUUCGAACCAGGAGCUGAUGCACGCCAUUGAUCACUCCCUGGACGCUGGUGGUACACCGGCAGCUUACACGCUUGCCCCGCAGUUGCUGCAGUGGGCACUGGGGGAUGCCGCAGCUCGCGCGUCCCCUGCGAUUAUCAUCUUUGUGAGCGUUCUAAAUCGGCACUUCUGUGUGCAAGUGAUACUGGAGCGCCUUGCACAGCCCCUGGAUCGCCGCCCUGUGAAGUUGGAGGAGUUGCUGCAGCUCUACGUGGUGGCCCUUCGCAGUUUAUCUAUGGAGGCUGCGCGUCGGCAGCUCACGCAGUGUGUGGCCUGCUUGCUCAUCUUGCUCGAGGAUCAUUUGAUCGAACGACUGCACGCUUGGAUACGCGGUGGCGAUGCCACGUCCGCAGAUGAGUGCCGCAUGGCCCUGCAUAUCUUCGUCGCUGUUGUUGACCUCUUAGCAGAUCGCCGUGUAGCAAUCGGCUCUGUGCGACGUGCCACGCAGCGCCGUCAGUUGCAGGAGCACCUGGCCAUUGCACUAGAGUCUCCCCUGACGGACGAGGCAGACUUACCCCUGCUGGUGCGUGUCACCGACGCUGCAGUGCGAUUUCUGUCGGAAGCGAUGUACGGUGAGCCGCAGGAGGUCGCGGCAACGUUUUGGGAGGCGCUGCCCACGAGCACUGUUUGGCAGUACUGCCUGCGCUGCCUUGGUGCCGCUGUCGCCGAGUCGUCACCACCAGCGAGGUGUCCGGAGGAGGUGUUGAGCGUGGUGUGCAGCGUCUUGCGCUGCCAGACUAUUGUCAACACAGCCGCCGAGGCUCUCCUGUCAAGUGCGCUGACGUUGGUGGUACAGCCCAUCUCGCCCUCAUCCGCCACCACAAUGGACUGGGAGACGAUCAGUCGGGUCAUCGCCGCGGCACUGGAGGCGUCCACAAUGGCCAUUGUCACUCAGCAGCCAAGUGACGUGCCCCUAUUUCGGCUUUUCUCUUCUGCAGCCGACCGACUGGCGCAGCUGCUGCAGGCGCCGGCGGCCCCAACGCCUGCUGUGUGCCACGUAUGUGAGGGCAUCAGUGCCUUGACCCAGGCACUGAUGCCCGCGCCGCUUCCCGAGAUGGACCCCGACGAUUACCCAGAUGACUUUGCGGAGUUUGUGGAAGAGACGCACGCGGCCAACGCAGAGAAGUUAGCUGCCGUUGUCCAACUAAGGCCAUUUCUGCAUGGUUGCAUGAGAGCACUUGCGACUCGCCUCACGCACAGCGGGUUUGCGCAGGAGGAGUGGAGGAGCAUCGCGGCGUACGUGGCGCGACAGGUCACUGACAGUAAUGCCGAGGACUACGAAGCUGCCCACGACGACGUCCAACUCGCCGUCUUCACAACGUACGAGCGUCUGACGGCUCUCCUCGGCACGCUGGGGGCUGAGGAGAUCAAAGCAGCGGCCCCUGAGUUGGGCCAGCAGCUCGUGUUGGUCAUGGGGAACUCGAGCUUAGUUCUCAAUUGGCUGGACUCGACUCGUCCUGCCGAUCUGCUGGUUCAGUCCGCUUUGCUCCCGUGCUGCGUGGCGCGGCAUGUGUCUUCGACUUCUGGUGCAGAGUGGGUGAUGGAGUGUGCCGCUGUGCGUGUGAUGGACCUACUGAUGCAUGCACUCGCCACAUACCAGGAGAAUGGCGAGCAUUGCAUUAGUGACUGUGCUACCGCUGUUAUUGAUGUGGCGAGAGCGACUGCGGCGGUGGUGUUGGCCAUUACGGGGCGUCUCGGGCCGGACGGCGUGGCGCGCUUGCGCGACCGCAGCACGCCGUUGGUGUCAACACUGUGGCAGUGUGUUGUCUCGGCUGCUGGUGGGCCACCUUCAGCGUCAACACAACGCAUUGCCACAGAUGAACUAGCGAAGCUGCUCGAGGCUAAACUGGCUGCUCUGCCUGACAGUGCUGUGGAGCUCCUUAAGCACCAAGACGCGUACACGCAGACGGUUCUUUUCGCCACUGGUGGUGUAUCCACCCCAAGCCUGAACACCCUCGAGGCGCUCGCACACAUGCUGCAUUGCGUAGCUCAACUCUCUGCGGAGGAAGCUGAGGCGGUCGAGACCUGGGUGUGCUACGGUGUUGUGGAGCGCACGCGGCGCAACUGCGAAGCAGGGGAAUGGGCAGGUGAGGCACUCGUGACGCUCUUGGACUCCUGGAAUGCUCAGCAUCCCCAUCUACUCGUGCACUUUUUGUCUUUGGCGGUUGCGGUCCCAGCCGAGAUGCAGUCUUCUCUGCUGCUGGCUGGUAUUGCUCGCUUCUUUUCUCUGCCGCACAGCCAGGACACAUCGACGCGCGACCUGGCCGCUGCUUUGGAGGUACGCUUUGUACACCCGAUCGCCGCAUCACCUGCUACCGCGCCGUCUCUACACGCCCUCGUGUUGUGGCUGUUGCAGCCGCACGCCUCUUUCACUGCUUCCGAUGGAGCACGACGUGUGCGUACCCUAGCUGAAUGUGGGCGGGCGCUUUGCGAAGGUGGCCAUGUGCCGGCACUCAGCCUGACUGAGACGCUUGUCACCUGCGUCGCUCGCUGGCAGGAGCACAAGUUUGCCUCGUCGCUCGGCUGCGGAGAGGCGGAUGAGGCCUGUGAGGACAACGGCACUAACUGCGACGCUCAGCUAAACCAGAAAGUCUUGGAGCAACUGGCAAUGUGGAGUCGCUGCGUCAGUGUCGUGUCAGAGCUCUCCGCAAGCGCGCCACCGUGGCUGACGCGACUGCAGUCCGCUCACGACGACUACGAGCGGAUGGAGGUGCUGAAAAACCUGUGA